UAUAGGGAAAAAUAAUAAUAAUGUGGGGGUACCCUACGGCUUUCCAUAUGUUGGCGAUGUUCAGUAAUUAUUAAUGUAGUGGAAAGAUUAUAUUUAUAAAGAUAAUGUGUGACUUUAAAUCGGGUCAGUUUUUAUGAUUAUUGCGGCAGUAUUUAUAACUAUAAUAAUGUCAUAAAUAAAGAAUAUUUUUCUUUUGGGGAUGAAAUUAUAAUUUGGUGUCUGAGAUUCGGGACAGAUUAUUAUUAUCGCUGCGAUAUAAUAAUAAUAUCGACAAAUAGGGAGAAAUUUUUAUUUUUGGAAGAGAUUAUAAUUUUGGUAUUUUAUAUAGGGAAAAAUAAUAAUAAUGUGGUGGUACCCUACGGCUUUCCAUAAAAUAGGGGGAAAUUUUUAUUUUUGGAAGAGAUUAUAAUUUUGGCAUUUUAUAUAGGGAAAAAUAAUAAUAAUGUGGGGGUACCCUACGGCUUUCCAUAGUUUACAUUGCAUGUAUGUCAAACUGAUAAGACGUGGCAUGAUAUAAGACCUGUACUAGUUACCCAGUUCUCGUCAUGAAUUCGUUUCUUUUCCUUUUUAUUGCUUUCCCGAUAAUUUCUAUCGGAGCUGGAGAAAAAAGACUUCUUUUGAAUGAUCCCGCUUUGCUACAGACGAAACUGGACACUUUGGAAACCAAAUUUAUGGACCUCAUGACAAAAUACACUUCCCAGGAAUCGGUGAUCAACGAACUUAAGUCAAAAAUCAAUGAUCUGAGUGGAAAACUUGAUAAUUCAGUACAAGGUGGUGCGACGUUUGUUCGUUGGGGUAAAACGUCUUGUCCUUCGAACACAACAGAUCAAAUAUAUUCAGGUUUUAUAGGUGGUUCAAAUUACCACAGUGUUGGUGGGGCAGCUGAAUAUGUAUGCCUUACUCCAGAUCCGGAUUUUACAUUAACCAAUUCAGCAAAAUUCCAUUACAUGCAUGGUGGGGAGUAUGACAGCCCUCAAGCGGGACUAGAACAUGGCGAAGACGCCCCAUGUACUGUCUGUCGUAGUAAAAUGGAUGUGAGUACUUUGAUGAUUCCUGGGAGAAGCACGUGUUAUCCUGGCUGGACAAGGCAAUACCAUGGAUACCUUGCAGCCGGUCAUGAGACUGUGCCUUCAGCAACGCAGUUUAUCUGCAUAGACGAACACCCAGACACUCUAUACGGUGGUCAAGGCGGAACGAUGGAUGGUAGAAUAAUAUCUGGAGUCAAAGCAAGAUGUGGUUCUUUGCAAUGUCCACCAUAUCACGAUGAAAAGGAACUAACAUGUGUUGUUUGUACGAAGUAAAGAAUUGAGAUCUUCAAAAUAAAAACUUGUCUAUAAACCAA